AUGUCCCCCGUUGGCCCGCAACUUCCGCCAGAACUCCGAAAGCGCAAGCGAAGUGACAAUGAGGACGAAAAUGACUCUUCGGAUUCCGUCACAAGUCCAAGCCCUGGUCCUUUGCCUGGGGGGAAUCCCGAAAAGGAAAAAUCUCCUCCCUCUGCCAAAAGAACACGCAUAAUAGGUCCAACGUUACCACCUGUACCUUUGGACGACCGGCCGCCUUCAAGCCCCCCACAACCUGAUCAAGAGGUGGAAGAGAGCAGCAAUGAAGACGACUUUGGUCCUAGUCUGCCUUCUGCAGCCGAUGCAGCUGCAAAUUCUUCGGCUUCAAAGUGUAUAGGGCCGCAAAUUCCCGGUCCUACACUCCCUGCUGAGCCUGCCAAGCGAGAUGAAUGGAUGACGCUCGCUCCCGCAGGGGGCGACUGGUCACCGCGAGUCGAUCCGACCAAAUUGAAAAAUCGCAAAUUCAAUACUGGUCGAGGGGCCAAGGGACCUUCUCAGCCCGGUGGAGGACCAGCCGGGGCUUCAUGGCACGAGACUCCAGAAGAAAAGCAAGCUAGAUUAAAAAGAGAAGUCAUGGGCAUCAAGGAUAAAUCCACGUCUGGAAAAUCCAAUACGGGGUCGGAAGAUGAUAUUCAUGACGAGGUUACAGCAAGGCGAUUGAAAGAAUACAGCGAAAGUCACCGAGGACCGUCUCUCUAUGCCUCCCACCAGGCCAGAAGCUCGAAUUCGGAUUCAAAGGUGGCCCAAGAUGAUGACCCCAGUGCCCGUGCCUUCGACCGGGAAAAGGAUAUCGCCGGCGGAGCAACAAUUACUGCCACGCAGCGUAGGGACAUGGUCAAAAAAGCGGCCGACUUUUCGUCACGAUUUGGUGCGGCAAGGUAUCUAUGA